UUUACAUUUUCAUGAACAACAUAAUCUGCCCAUAGAGGGUCACUGGGAAGUAGACAAGGAAGAUGCUGCACCACAGUAAAAGUUGGCACGAAAAAUUCGGUGACGAGAAUAGAUGAAUCAGAGCCUAAUGGGUCGCAUAAAUACUUCAGAGGAUGUUGAUUCUAUGUGGAAUAAGUUUUGUGCCGAUUUAGAGCCUAUAAAAAAGUUACUAGUUGAUCAAAAAGAAUGUCAUGAAACCGUGGAGAAUAAGGACCUUGAUUUGGACGCGAGGGUGGAGGCUUCUCGACAUGGUUUGCAAGCAACAAAAGAUCAAAAGGCUCUAUUAGAUCCUGCUAUACAAUCUUUAGAGGUAAUUAUCCAUGUACUGGAAAAAGCGAAUGAGAAAUCUGCAGCCUCUGUCAUGAACAGCCCUCUAACAAGAAGUCGACGAAAUCGUAGCGCUUCGCAAAUUUUUAUUCCUCCUUCUUUAGCACCCGGUAUGUCUGUUGCUUUUCGCCUACCGCGUACGCCAGACAACGAAGGAGGUGAAUGGAUUCAAUGUAUUAUUAAUAAGGUGACUGGAGAUCCUAAGAAUAAAUAUGAAGUUCAGGAUCCCGAGCCCGAUGACGAUGGAAACCCAGGACAAGUUUAUAGAACAUCUGCAAAUAACCUUAUUUAUAUUCCACCGAAAACGGUUUCUUUGCCAUCUCUUGGACCAGGGACAACCGUACUGGCACGCUAUCCAGAGACAACCACAUUUUAUAAAGCAGAAGUAAUACGAACCUUACCAAGUGGAGCUUGUAAGCUUCGGUUUGAAGGAGAAGAAGAAGCCGGUAAAGAAACCACUGUGGAACGCCAUCUGGUAUUGGACUACAAUGGAUAAAUUCACUAAUUUGUGAUACGUUGUAAUGAGCGCAAGGAUUUUAUAAUCUACUGGAACCACAUAAGUUUAAUUAUAAUGAUGAUAUAUUGUUAACAACACAAAAGCAAAGUUAGCAACUACUUUCUUUACUGACAUCUUCGCUUGCAAGACAAUGGGAACGAUGUAAAUGAUUUUUUUUGCAUAUGAUGAUAGAGAUAAUUCAAUG